AUGGACUCCAGCUACUUUGCUGUUCAGAGAAGAGCUCUGGAAAUCGUGGGAUUCGAUCCGGGGAAUCCACAUCUAAGGCUGAAACAUCCCAUUUGGGCAGGGAUACUGAUCCUGGCCUUAAUUUCCCACAACUGGCCAAUGGCGGUCUACGCUCUCCAGGAUCUGUCGGAUCUUACCCGACUAACAGACAACUUUGCUGUGUUUUUGCAAGGAACUUUGAGUACCUUCAAAUUCCUGGCCAUGAUGGUGAAACGAAGACGCAUUGGUUCUCUAAUACACCGAUUGCAUAAGCUUAACCAGGAGGCCAGUGCCACGCCCAGUCAGCGGGAGAAACUCGAAAGGGAGAACCAACUGGAUAGGUAUGUCUCCAGAUCCUUUAGAAAUGCUGCCCAUGGUGUGAUAUGGGCCUCGGCCAUAGCUCCCAUGUUGCUUGGCUUGUGGAGAUAUAUAAUAUCAGGUGAGUUUACGCCCACCACACCCAUGGAUUUCAACUUUUGGCUGGAUGAGCGGCAACCCAAAUUCUUUUGGCCCAUCUACUUCUGGGGCGUUUUGGGCGUGUCAGCUGCCGCCUGGUUGGCCAUUGCAACGGAUACCUUAUUUUCCUGGCUAAUUCACAAUGUGGUGGUCCAGUUCCAAUUGCUGGAGUUACAACUCGCAAGGAGGGGUUAUCAUGCUCAGGAGGACGUCCACCUCACCAAGUGCAUUUUUCAACAUCGUUUGGCUCUAGACUUGGCUGGGGAACUAAGUUCGAUUUUCGCCGAGAUCGUUUUCGUAAAAUACAUGCUGAGUUACCUGCAACUCUGCAUGCUGGCCUUUCGCUUUAGCCGAAGUGGCUGGAGUGCCCAGGUGCCCUUUAGAGCCACCUUUCUGCUGGCCGUCAUCAUCCAACUGAGCACGUAUUGCUAUGGAGGUGAAUACCUUAAGCAGCAGAGUCUGGGCAUAGCUGAGGCCGUUUAUGGCAACAGCAAUUGGCCAGAAGUGCCGCCGAAGAGGAGGAGACUGUGGCAAAUGAUGAUCAUGAGGGCCCAGCGACCGGCCACGAUUUUUGGCUUCAUGUUCGUUGUGGAUCUGCCACUGCUGCUCUGGGUCACUAAAACUGCGGGCUCCUUUUUGGCAUUGCUAAGGACUUUCGAGCGAUCCCCAACCCAAUUAUAG